AUGGCAGCCAUUGUUUCAAUUUUCACCUUUGUUUUCGCCAUUGUUAGUGUCUCUAAUCUUUGCCUUAUUCAAGCUCAGAACAGUGGUUUCAGCAUUGAAUUCAUCCACCGUGAUUCACCAAAGUCUCCCUUAUACAAUCAUUUAGACACCACGUAUAACCGUGUAACCAAUGCCUUGCGCCGUUCCUUCGGUCGUGUUCAUCGUCUGAAGCUGACUACUGCAUCGAAACUGGAAGCUCAAGCCAAUGUUAUUGCAGAUUCGGGUGAAUACCUCCUGAAUAUAUCGAUCGGAACUCCGGCGUUUGAUAUUGUUGCCAUUGCUGAUACCGGGAGUGAUCUCAUUUGGACUCAAUGCAAGCCUUGUUCUCAGUGUUUCGAGCAAAACGCCCCUCUUUUCGACCCCACUGCAUCAUCUACAUAUAAAACGAUUUCUUGCAGCACAAGUCAAUGUGCAAACCUUGAAGGAUCGUCUUGUUCGAGUAACAAUUCUUGCCAGUAUUCAGUCUCUUAUGGUGAUGGAUCUUUCUCAGAUGGUGAUCUUGCGGCUGAUACACUCACACUUGGUUCAACCUCGGAUCUUCGUGUUGUCAUUCCCAAUGUUGUUAUUGGAUGUGGACACCAUAACGGUGGAACUUUCGAUGAGAACGACAUGGGAAUCAUUGGCCUUGGAGGCGGUGAAGUUUCGUUGAUUUCCCAAUUGGGAACUAGCAUUGCCGGAAAAUUCUCCUACUGCUUGUUGCCUCUUACCGAUGCCGGAAAUUCGAGCAAGAUGAACUUCGGUUCGGAUGCCAUUGUCUCCGGAAACGGAACUGUUUCUACUCCAUUGACAAAACUUGACCCUCCAACUUUCUACUUCCUUACCCUUGAAGCAAUCAGUGUCGGAAACAACAGAAUAAACUUCACGAGUAAGCCUUUCGGAACAGAUGAAGGAAACAUCAUUAUCGAUUCCGGAACAACAAUGACACUUUUACCGGACGAUUUUUACUCCCAACUCGAAUCAUCGGUGUCUAGCAUGAUCAAUGCGACAAAGGUUAAAGGUCCCGAGGGUCUGAACUUAUGUUACGACGCUACAACUGAUUUUGCAGUGCCAGAUAUUACAGUUCAUUUCAUAGGGGCAGAUGUAAAAUUGCAGGCAUUGAACACCUUCGCCAUGGUCUCGGAAACAACUGCUUGCUUUACUUUCGCUCCGAUUCCGGAUUUCGCAAUCUACGGUAACUUGGCUCAGAUGAAUUUCUUGGUUGGAUAUGAUACUGAAAAGAAGACCGUGUCGUUUAAGCCCACCGAUUGCUCCAAGAAUUAGCCUCACCAUUGUUUUCUGCAACGUUUUAGUAUGAUUU